UUUUGUAAAGAUAGAGAGCUGGUGCCCCGAGCUUGAGUGAGAGAUGGCAGCAUCUGCAGAAAUUGUGAACAAGUCCAGUGCCGAGGUUCUCGAGGUGGUCACCUCAGUGUUCCAGCCGGGGAACCUUGCGGUGGAGGAAAUUCAGGUGGAUGCGAAAAAGGUACCGACACUACCUAUACCCCUCCUGAUUGUAGCACCCAAGGAUGCAGGAACCUACCCCGUUGCCAUGUUCUUGCACGGCUUCUUCCUCCAUAACCACUACUACAAACAACUUCUCCAGCACAUCGCAUCACACGGGUUCAUCAUGGUUGCACCCCAGUUCAACAACUGUAUCAUACCUUUGGGUGACGCCAAUGACAUCGCCGCCGCAGCCAAGGUGGCAGACUGGCUCCCCGACGGUCUUCCAUCCGUGCUCCCCGAAGGCGUCCAGCCGGAGCUCUCCAAGCUCGCCUUGGCCGGCCACAGCCGAGGAGGCCACACGGCUUUCUCCUUGGCCUUGGGGCAUGCCAAGACCCACCUAACCUUCUCGGCGCUGGUCGGCCUCGACCCUGUUGCCGGCAAAGGGAAGUCCUCUCAGCUCAAACCCAAAAUCCUCACCUACGAGCCUUCCUCUUUCGACAUUGCAAUGCCUGUGCUAGUAAUCGGCACCGGGCUCGGCGAGGAGAAGAAGAACAUAUUCUUCCCGCCCUGUGCACCCAAUGACGUGAACCACGCGGAGUUCUACCGCGAGUGCAGGCCACCCUGCAGCUACAUUGUGACCAAGGACUACGGGCAUCUGGACAUGCUGGACUAUAACGCCUCCAAGUUAAUGACCUGCGUGUGCAAGGAUGGGAGUGGGUGCAAGGACAAGAUGAGGUGGUGCGUUUCUGGGAUCAUGGUGGCAUUUCUGAAUGCUACCAUUGGUGAGAAACAUGGAGAUCUUGAGGCCAUACUGAGAGACCCGACAGUUGCACCAGCGACGCUUGAUCCGGUUGAGCACCGCCUGGCGUGAAAUGGCAGCUGACUCAUGCCAAACUUAACCAGCCGCAGGUUGCUCCAAUAAAAGUUGUAAUAUGAGGUUUGCUAUCGUAAGACCAUGAUAAAUAAAUUUGAGUAAAAACUAUAACUGCUCUGAUAUAAAUUUUCAUAAAUGAUUAUUGGUUAUGUUCUUGUCCGUACUUAGAAA